CCCAAUCUCAAUUUUCUCCCCUCGCCCUCCUCCCCUCUCUUUCUUGUUCAUCAAAUCUGAAGGAGAAUCACUUGCUCCGAGGAGAUCCAAUGGAAACUCAAGCACCAACCAGAGCGGAUCGGAUAAAACCAGUGAAAGGAGCAGCCGAGCUCAUGGUGAGGAAGGCCGGGAGGCGCCUAGCGAGCAUGACCAAGGUGGUCGUAGAGGGACGCAAGGCCGAGCCACUGGAGAAGCCAAAGAGGCAAUCGAAGGUCCUUAGAAGCUUGGUCCCGGCCAGUGAGAGAACGCUAGCUGCAAAAUUGAGUCAGGAAGAAGAUCAGACCGUUGUGGAGAUGGAUCAGAGGAGGAAAUCGGCGUCGGAAGUGGAAUGGAUUGUGGGGUCGAGAGUGCUGGCCGGGAACUUGGGUCAGCAGGAGGACCUGACCGGAGUGGAUAUGGAUCCGAGGAGGAAGUCGGUGUCGGAAGUGGAAAUGCAUGCGGGGUCGGUGGCUGCCUUCGCGAACGCGAAGGUGAGGGCGGUGGACAUGCCGGCGUUCAUGCAGGCUCAUGCCUUCCGGUGCGCGAGGCGAGCAUACGAUAGCCUGGAGAAGUUCAGCGCCAAGCACAUGGCCUUCGCCAUUAAAAAGGAGUUCGACACUAUCUACGGCCCGGCAUGGCAUUGCAUUGUGGGAAGCAGUUUCGGAUCCUUCGUGACACACUCGAGAGGGUGCUUCAUAUAUUUCUCCAUUGAGCAAGUCUUCAUCUUGUUGUUCAAGACGAGGGUUGUGAGAGCUACCAACUGAUCAAGGACCUAAGAGAUGCAGUGCCCAAUUCAAUCCUUGCCUUCCUCUUGUUGCUCCCCUCCCCUUUUGUAAUAAAUAUGUUUUUCCUCUUUCAUUUGCUUAUAUAAUUUAUCUAUGAAAUGUAAAUAGAAAUGGUAUUGUUUAAACCAUGCAAUAUGGCUACCAUGUUCGAUGAUGAGGAUAAAACCAUGUGAUCAGAUAGUAUAUUAAAGAGUUGUGACGUGCUGUAUAAAACAUUUG